AUGGAGAGCGAUUUAAAUUUAAGGUCAUUCUAUGCUGGAGAUUCAUAAAAAGAUAAUCAAUUAAUAUAAUUAUUGAUCACUUGUAUUGAAGGUACUUGUAUUAUAUUUUACAAUUAGAAAAUUAUCAUAAUGUUGCUAUUGUAAAUUAUGUAAAAGAUUAACAUAUUUCUUAACAACAUGCUUGCAAUUUUAAACCAUAUAAUGAAGAAUUCUUAAUAUAAAAAUAACAAUAAAGUGCAAACAUUUCUUAAUUCACAGGAAAAAUAAAAUAAUAUUCAAGACUCACUCUUGAGGUGAGUGAUAAUAAGUUUCUAAGCUCUAUUAAAUAAGAAAAUAAAUUUUUAUCAGGUUAUGAUAUUAUUGCUAUCAAACCUAAGACUGAAGCUGUAUUUAUAUCAUUAUGCACAACAUUUAAUGUAUAUUAAAAUCAUGACUAUAUAGUUUUUUGAUAUAAUUACUUUUGAUUGUUAUGAGAAACUUCCAUUUAUUCCAAAGGCAAAAAUAUGUAAAUAGCUUUUGGAGAAAAAUAUAAUGUUUGAAAUAAACUAUGGAGAUGCUAUUUAAGAUCCUAAUAAAAGAAGAUCAUUUAUUUCCAAUUCAUAAAUAAUUAUUAAUGCUACCAAAGGCAGAAAUAUCUUAUUUUCUUCUGAUACUAGUCAUUGGCUCUAUCAUAGAAGUCCUUAUGAUUUAGUAGCAUUAGGAAUGACAAUUGGUUUAAAAAAGGAUUAGGCUACAUAGGCUGUUGGAGCAAAUGCUGAUAUGGUUAUUAAACAUGGAAGUAUUAAUCUUUUAAUUUAGUUCAUAGAAAAACUUGUAAAGGAAUUAUUUGUGAAGCUGGUUAAAAAGAUAUUGAUUAUUUUGAAGAAAAAAGAAAGUAGAUCAAAGACAAAUAAUUAGAAAAAAUUAAUAAAAAAAUAAAAUUAUCUUAAGAUGCAUAUACCAUCAAAUAAAAUGAUUAAUGA